AUGCCCAAGAAGAUCAAUCAGAAGAAAUCAGCUGGAAGGUGCUGGCCAUUGCCGAAACGAGGUAAGGUACGCAAUCUCUACAAGAAGCCCGUCACCAACCACAACUCCAAGACCAUGAAAAAGUUUGCUCCAGUUCCUUAUGUUCGACAUGGUGAGCCUACCACGAAGAACAGGACUGAUCGACAGCGAUGGGGUCACUCCAUCCCCCAAUUCAUGAGGAUGCGGGAGGAAACUUUGAUUCGAACUCUUACCAAGGAGAACAUCUUGCAAGAUUGGUCAGGGAAGCUGUGUCCUCAUUGCGGUGAAGGUAAGCUAGGCAAACUCACGAAGCACUCCUCCCGGCAUGCAUGGUUGUAUCGAUGUCCUCGCAAGAAGUGCCAGAAGUUCGUUCAACCCCACGACUUCCAUCCCAUCUUCUUUGGUGGUGCUGGCAACAGCUAUACAGACUUCAACACUCAGGUCUGCGCUUUGUUCUCGGCCGUAGCGGGUGUCUCUAGCACCGCCACCCACCUGAUUCUCGAUGUGGACCACAAGCCUGUUGAGCGCAUCUUCACGAAUCUAGAGAUUGCUCGGGCAAGGUAUGUCGAGCACCAGGAGAAGCUCAUCACCUACGGCGACCCGUCUGGCUCCAUGUGGAAGGACGUGGAAGCGGAUGAGGUCGACCUGGGGAAGGCUUUGGUGGACGAUGCAGAUGAUCCUGCAUACAACCUCAAGUGGGAACAGUGGUGUGGCAUCGUGGAGCGAGGCCGUCCCACCUCCCUCCGGUUGUUCCGGCUGCAGCCCCCCGCGACCAAGCCAAACUCGCCGGGGCCGGGCCCAAUUCGCAAGAUCGAAUGGGGCAAAAUCGGCGCACCACUUCUUCGAGAUCGCAAAGUUGUGCUUCACACCGAUGGAGCUCGCGCCUACAAGCUCCGCAUGCCCGGCCUUCUCCAUGCAAACGUCGUACACAAAAAGAAGCGUGUGAUGCUGAAGGGCCAGGUCCGAUGGAUCAAGCCCCAUUUCACGAAGGUGUACGACCUGAAGCUUCCUGAGGGCGGUAAACUGCGUGUGAAAUCCGGCACGCAGAUUAUUGAUCGCUUCUGGGGACAUGUCCGCUCCUAUAUUCGGCGUGCCCCCCGCAAGCCAGGAAAUCCUGUCUUGCGACGCAAGCUUCGUGCGGCUCAGUUCACAUACUGGAACAAGGGCCGUAAUGCUUGGAAGGCCGUAGGGGAUAUGCUCCUGAAGCUCUAUGCACUGUAG